GCGAUCACUCUGGGAACCGCCCACCAUCAUCGAUCAUCAGAAUCCUCAAUCCAGUCUCCAGUCCAUCCUCCGAUGCGAAAGCUCUCGCACGCACUUGCCCUAAAAGUGCACAUUUAUGAUUUACAUUACCAAAAUUUUGGAGAUUAUCUUUAAAUAUGAACGAUUCAGAUGUUGCACGAGCCAGCGCUGAUAUGCAGCAAUAUAUGAUCUGCCAAUUCAAGUCUCCGCCUUGGGCUGACUAUGAUUCAGAGGAGAAUAUUUUUGUUGCCCCUUCGAGGUGGCUCGUGUCUAAUGAUGCAUCUGUGGGAGACGAUGAAUCGCAAAAGACUUCAGACGAAACUCGCAUCCUCAAAUGGCCGAGAGUGCCUAUUGGAAAGAAUUAUGUUAAGGAAUAUAAGAACAGAGAUGCAGACCUGGAAGUGACUUUCUGCAAUUACGAAGUGGAAGUGUUGUUCUCAUCCGAUGAUCCAAUUGAAAUUGAUGCCAAACUCCGAAACCUUAAGUCAUUCCAGUCCAUCUCAACUCCUCAUCCCAGAAGCCGCCAAGAACGAGCGAAAAGAGUUUUGGAUGGCAUUGCUUGCCCCCUUGGUAAACAAAUUAAGAUGAUUCCUAAUAGUGUUUCUCAGGACGAAACUGAAAAUCCCGGAAUAGGUCACCUUAAUUUGGAGGAACUGCCACAGUCUAGCUCUGUUAUUAAAGAUUCUGGUUUAGUCAAGUCAUCCAAGGUUGUGGAAGAUAUUGAGAAGGAAAUGGAAAUGUUGAACGAGUUGGGUGAUUUGAGCUUCGAUGAUGACACAGUUGUGCGCAAAAAUCUGCAGGAAGCCUUAGCCAAAAAUAACCUGGAUACAACCCCAAUAGAUAACAUACCAGACUCUCAAAUGUUUGAUGAUUGCCAAAAGGAAAGUCCAGAAGAAAAAGUAGAGGAUAAAAGUUUGCAGCAGUAAAGUUAUGAAGCUGAUGAUUUGACUCCAAGAAAAGCUCUCCUCACUGCUGAAUUGAAAUUAGAAAGGAAGGAAAAGGAAUUAGCAUUGCAAAGAGAGCAAAACGCGAUUCUUAAGCUACAACUGUCAGAGAAAGGC